AUGUGUGACGGCGUCCUGCUGCCGCCCCUCGUCCUGCCCUUGCUGCUGCUGCUGCUGGUGUGGGGUCUGGACCCGGGCACAGUCCUGCUGCACCUGCCCGCCUUCGGGCGCGACCUGUACCUGCAGCUGCGCCGCGACCUGCGCUUCCUGUCCCGAGGCUUCGAGGUGGAGGACACCGGCGCCGCCCGGCGCCCCGCCGAGCUCUGCUUCUACUCGGGACACGUGAUCGGGCACCCCGACUCCCUGGUCUCGCUCAGCGCCUGCGGUGCCGCCGGCGGCCUGGUGGGCCUCAUCCAGUUGGGGCAGGAGCAGGUGCUCAUCCAGCCCCUCAACAAUUCCGGGGGCCCGUUCAGCGGACGAGAACAUCUGAUCAGGCGCAAAUGGUCCUCGAGCUCCAGGCCAUCUGCCGAGGCCCAGGAACCCGAGGAGCGCUGUGGGGUCCUGACAGAAAAGAAGCCGGGAAAGGACAGGCCACCGUCGAGGGACUGGCGGGAGCGGAGGAACGCCAUCAGACUCACACAGGAGCACACGGUGGAGACGCUGGUGGUGGCAGAUGCCAACAUGGUGCAAUAUCAUGGGCCGGAGGCCGCCCAGAGGUUCAUCCUCACUGUCAUGAACAUGGUUUACAAUAUGUUUCAGCACCAGAGUCUUGGAAUCAAAAUCAACAUUCAAGUUACCAAGCUUGUUCUGCUCCGGCAACGACCUGCCAAGUUGAACAUUGGGCACCAUGGCGAGCGAUCCCUGGAGAGCUUCUGUCACUGGCAGAAUGAGGAAUAUGGAGGCGCGAGGUACCUGGGCAACAACCAGGUCCCAGGAGGAAAGGAUGACACGCCCCCUGUGGACGCUGCUGUAUUUGUCACCAGGACAGAUUUCUGCGUUCAUAAAGACGAACCUUGUGACACCGUUGGAAUUGCUUACUUAGGAGGUGUGUGCAGCUCUAAGAGGAAAUGUGUGCUUGCCGAAGACAAUGGGCUCAAUCUGGCCUUUACCAUCGCUCAUGAGCUGGGCCACAACUUGGGGAUGAACCACGACGACGACCACUCAUCCUGUGCUGGCCGGUCCCACAUCAUGUCCGGUGAAUGGGUGAAAGGCCGGAACCCCAGUGACCUCUCCUGGUCCUCCUGCAGUCGAGAUGACCUGGAAAACUUCCUCAAGUCCAAAGUCAGCACCUGCUUGCUGAUCACAGAUCCCAGGAGCCAACAUGCCCUCCGCCUCCCACACAAGUUGCCGGGUAUGCACUACAGUGCCAAUGAGCAAUGCCAGAUCCUAUUUGGCACGAACGCCACCUUCUGCAGAAACAUGGAGCAUCUGAUGUGUGCUGGCCUGUGGUGCCUGGUGGAAGGAGAUUCAUCCUGCAAGACCAAGCUGGACCCUCCCCUGGAUGGCACCGAGUGUGGGGCAGACAAGUGGUGUCGGGCCGGAGAGUGCGUGAGUAAGACCCCCAUCCCCGAGCAUGUGGAUGGGGACUGGAGCCCGUGGAGCCCCUGGAGCAUGUGCAGCCGGACAUGCGGGACUGGCGCGCGCUUCCGGCAGAGGAAAUGCGACAACCCGCCCCCUGGGCCUGGGGGUACACACUGCCUGGGUGCCAGCGUGGAGCACGCAGUCUGUGAGAACCUGCCCUGUCCCAAAGGUCUUCCCAGCUUCCGGGACCAGCAAUGCCAGGCGCAUGACCGAUUGAACAGCAAGAGGAAGGGCCUGUUGACAGCAGUGGUGGUUGAUGAUAAGCCGUGUGAGCUCUACUGCUCGCCCCUUGGGAAGGAGUCCCCGCUGCUGGUGGCUGAUCGUGUCCUGGACGGCACACCCUGUGGACCCUACGAGACUGACCUCUGCGUGCAUGGCAGGUGCCAGAAAAUUGGCUGUGAUGGCAUCAUUGGGUCUGCGGCCAAAGAAGACCGGUGUGGGGUCUGCAGUGGGGACAGCAAGACGUGUCGUGUGGUGAAGGGUGACUUCAGCCACUCUCGGGGGACAGGUUAUAUCGAAGCUGCGGUCAUUCCCGCUGGAGCCCGGAGGAUACGUGUGGUAGAAGACAAGCCUGCGCACAGUUUCCUGGCUCUCAAAGACUCCAGCAAGAGAUCCAUCAACAGCGACUGGAAGAUAGAGCUCCCUGGAGAGUUCCAGAUUGCAGGCACCACCGUCCGCUACGUGAGAAGAGGCCUGUGGGAGAAGAUUUCUGCCAAGGGACCAACCAAAAUCCCACUGCAUUUGAUGGUGCUGUUAUUUCACGACCAGAAUUAUGGAAUCCAUUACGAGUACACCAUCCCUGUCAACUCCACGGCUGAAAAUCAAAGCGAGCCGGCCAGGACUCAGGACGCGCUGUUUAUCUGGACGCACAGUGGUUGGGAGGGGUGCAGCGUGCAGUGUGGAGGAGGGGAACGCAGGACCAUCGUGUCAUGCACACGGAUUGUGAACAAGACCACAACUCUGGUGAACGACAGUGACUGUCCUCAAGCAAGCCGCCCCGAGCCCCAGGUCCGAAGAUGCAACAUACAUCCAUGCCAGUCACGGUGGGUGGCAGGCCCCUGGAGCCCCUGCUCGGCGACCUGUGAGAAGGGCACUCAGCAUCGGGAGGUGACCUGCGUGUACCAGCUGCCGAAUGGCACCCACAUCACCACGCGGCCGCUCUACUGUGCCGGUGCCCGGCCAACACCCGUGCAGAGCUGCGAAGGCCAGGACUGCCUGUCCAUCUGGGAGGCAUCUGAGUGGUCAGAGUGCUCUGCUGACUGUGGCCAAGGGACGCAGAAGCGAACUGUGAUGUGCACCAACUCCCAGGGGAAGUGUGACUCGGCCACCAGACCAAAAGCCGAGGAGACGUGCGAGGACUACUCGGGUUGCUACGAGUGGAAGACGGGGGACUGGUCCAAGUGCUCCUCCACCUGUGGCAAGGGGCUGCAGUCCCGCGUGGUGCAGUGCAUGCACAAGGUCACCGGACGCCACGGCAGUGAGUGCCCUGCCCUCUCCAAGCCCGCCGCCUACAGACAGUGCCACCAGGAGGCCUGCAACGACAAGAUCAACGUGAACACCAUCACCUCCCCGCGCCUCGCUGCGCUGACGUACAAGUGCACACGGGACCAGUGGACGGUGUACUGCCGCGUCAUCCGAGAGAAGAACCUGUGCCAGGACAUGCGCUGGUACCAGCGCUGCUGCCAAACCUGCAGGGACUUCUACGCCACCAAGAUGCGCCCGCCACCUCCGCCCCCCAGCUCCUGACGCGCAGCCCCGCUCCCCCUCACACUCGGGGUCUGAGGCCUGGCAGCACCCCGGCCCCACGGCCGGGACCCCCUCCUCCCCCCAGGCAGAGCUCUGCCCCCCCCAAGAUCCAGCGAGGGACAAGGCGAGAGUGGACUGGAUGUGGUCCUUCACUGAAUGGGCGCAGCCACUGGACGGCGUUCUCCUCCCGAGAUGAUCAUAGUGUCUGAGCUUCUUAAACCUCCAUCGAGAGAGAGUCACCAAGUACUGCCUGGGUCCUGGCUUGCUUUUGGCAUUUAAGUCCCCAGGGCCUCUUGUAGCCUGGGGAAAUCCCCUGAAAACGAGAUGCCAUGUUAGAGGCUUCCUUCUGAACCCCAGCGGCACCCUGGAUGGAAGGGGAGAUGGCAACCCACAGACAUUCCUCUAAAUCUCCCUUCCUGAGAACACAAGAGCCGGCCUUCACCUCCCUCCCCAUCUCUAAGAACUUGUUCUCGAAUUCCCGGACCUUGUCUUGGAAGCUUUGUCCCCGGAGCGUUUCACAUCCACAUAGACCGAAAAGACACCGGUGCCACCCACCUGAGUCUGCACAUCACCCAUGUUGGAAGAAUAUUCUGGAAGGGCUGG